UAGUUUUCACCGAUGUCUGACCAUGAAUCACCAUGGAGCUGAUGCACCAGCGGUUCACGUCCACCAUCACGGUUUACCCACAGCAUCCGGUCCAUCGAGUACCGCUCACGAAGGACACCAUUCGCCUGCUAUGUCGCAUCAAGGAGACCAUGGUGGUCAUGGAGAAACGAAGCACGGGAACCACGUUGGAGAAGGACACGAAAUGGUCAUGGCCAUGUUCUUUCAUACCGGCGAUACGGAGACCAUUCUCUUCAAGUUUUGGCGCACUGAGUCCGCCUUGGCACUGACCUUAUCCUGUCUCUUGAUUUUUCUGAUGGCUGUUCUCUAUGAAGGUCUGAAGUUCUUCAGAGAGUGGCUGUAUGCGAGGAACCGGAAAAGGAGAUUGGCGGGCGGAACGGAACACUACAACCCGCCAAGAAGAUACAGAGAGGCCAACUACAACUAUAACCAGCCCACAUAUCCGUCGAGGACAAACCAGCAUACUGGAACCCAGAUCUACGCCUACCGCCCGAGGUCGGCAUCGGUUUCGCAGCUGCCGCCUGCAGCUCAUGCUCCUUCGCCCGACCAAUCCUCGCUGAUGCUCAACCCACCGCAUCAUCAUCAUCAUCAUAUCCAACAGAACGACCCGUCCGCUGUAGGAAGCCCUAGGCUGAAGGCCUGGUGCUCCCGGAUGCAUCUCCUGCAGACCCUCUUGCAUGUCCUGCAGGUGUUCAUAUCCUUCCUGCUGAUGCUCGUUUUCAUGACCUUCAAUGUUUGGCUCUGCGUGGCAGUUUUGCUGGGAGCCGGUUUUGGGUACUACAUAUUCUGCGCCUUCAAAACCGACGUCCAGGAACACUGCAACUGAAUAAAAGCAAAAGA